CUCAGAGAACCAUCUCUGACAAACUGGGCCACCUGGACCUAGGAGACGUUAACAGGAAAGAACAUCCAAAGAGCCCACUCACUAAAACUGCUGAGAAACGCCUAAAAAUAAUUAAGCGGAAAGCUCACAUCACUGAUACCCCAACUUCCCGCGAUCGAGAACCUCGAGCCUGGUCAUGCUCCUUCAUCAUUUGUGAUCCAGAAGACAUGCAUCAAGCUCACCAGCAUACCAUAUCUCCGAGACCGGAAGCUUCCUCUCCUGGUCAUAAGAACAACAUUAAGAAACUCGACUUCGACUUUGAUUUAGAACUUGGCCAGGACCUUGAGAUCACUCUCGCUGAAGAUGAGAUAGCUCUUGUUGAUAGUAUGGUCAUGAAACUGAACGUUUGGAGAUGGAUGUGGAGAUGCUGGACAACGAUGAUCUCCAUGACGAUGUUCCAGAGGACAAUGCGGAAAAGAUCAACGCCAUCUCACAAAUUUUUCCAGUUAAUGCUGAGACUACAAAUGAACUGCAGAAAGAUCCUCCGAUAGUUCCACUCCCUGCGGCUCCACCUCAAGCACAAAAUGCUCUCGCCUCGACUCAGGACAUAGCCCAACGUGCCUCGCUUCCCAUGAUCUCUGCAAAAGGGUACUUUAAGAAACUCGUUCCAAAGAACCCGGAAUUAAAAGGUCAAAAGGCAUCAAAGGCUUCAAAGAAGCUCAAUCAGCUUCGAGGUUGUUCCCCUCGUAAGCGAAGCACUCUAGAUAAUCUCUCUACUGUCUCCUCCUCUGAUGUCCCUCGUAAUGAGGUGUUUCCUUCUACUUUAAGCAAAAAACCUUUGUCUCUCUCAGGUUCGGUGUGUCCCAGAAACCACCCAGUAAGAGGAUAUGAGUGCCAUAGCUUGGAAUUGUCAGGGAGCCAGAGCAUACCUGACCAAGAAACAUCUCCGGGAACUGCACCGUUGUUUUAUUCCUUCUUUUCUUUUUCUUUCAUAAAUAAAAAGUAGUUUUUCUUUUCUUGAGGAUUUUCAGUUUGAAUUUGGUUAUAAUAAAUUGUUCACCGUGGAACCAGAGGGUCGAAGCGGUGGACUAGCUCUUUUCUAUUUAGAUUCUUUUGAUGUUACCAUUCUUUAUUCUGAUAAUCGUAUGAUCGAUGUCGAGUCAACCAUAGCAGGACACAAAGUCUACAUCACAUUUGUCUAUGGUGAUCUGGUUAUUAAAUAUCGAGAAAAUGUAUGGGAACGUUUGACCCGCAUGAGCCUUAAUAGAUCUGGAGCAUGGCUCAUGCUUGGAAACUUUAAUGAAAUCUCCACUAAUCUGGAAAAAAAGGCGGUGGCAAACGUAGUGAAUCAUCUUUCCUGCCUUUCAGAAACAUGCUCGCUAAUUGUGGAAUGAUUGAAUUCCCAUAGUCAGGAAACUCCCUAUCUUGGGUAGGUAAUAGAAGCAAUGGCAAAGUCCAAUGUCGACUAGACUGUGUUGUGGGUAACGAAGACUGGCACCAUUGCUUCUCCCACACAAAUGUAGAGUAUCUUCGCCUAUGGGGCUCGGACCACCGCCCCAUCGUCUCGCGUUUUCUCUCUAUUAAGAAGCCCGGGAGACGAGGUUUCAAUAAGAUAUACAUUGGUAUGGAAGGCUUCCGUGAGACCAUUCUUCAGGGUUGGAACGACCCAAACCCCUUUGAUCGAGAUGAUCUACACGACUGGAUCGUGUUCUGUAGGAAAGUCAUAUCCAUAUGUAAACGGGCCAACCCCUCCAACACGGAAAAAAAGAUUGAAGAGAUAAAAUGCCAACUUGAGCAAGCCCAGCUCGACGAUAAUUUCUCCACUGAGGCAAUCUUGAACCUUAAGUGGAACAUCUGCACAGCGUUCAGAGACGAGGAACUCUAUUGGAUAUAAAAGAGCCGAGAAAAUUGGCUACGAGAGGGGGACCUUAAUACAAUUUUUUUUCAUGCUACCACCAAAUAGAGGAGAGCAAGAAACCGUGUCUUAAAGCUACGAAGAACGAAUGGUACAUGGGCAGAAACGGACGAUGAUCUGGAACAAGUAGCGACAUGGUACUUUCAGACUCUGUUCACUUCGUCGAACCCCUCGGACUUCGAUGACUCACUCCAGUACAUUACUGAGAAGGUUACACCAGCCAUGAAUGAAGCCCUUACAAAAGUUCCAUCAGAUGAUGAGUUCAGAGCACAAUAUUUGAUAUAAACCCAGACAAAGCUCCCGGUCCGGACGGAAUGACGAGCCUAUUUUCCAGAAGUAUUGGGGCAUUACAGCGGAGGCAGUACGACUUACAGUGAAGGAAUUCUUCACGAACGGUGCUAUGGAUCCCCGCCUAAACCAGACUAAUAUUUUCCUCAUCCCCAAGACGGAAAGACCAACGGAAAUGACAGAAUUUAGGCCAAUAAGUCUGUGUAACAUCUGUUACAAAGUCAUCUCUAAACUCAUGAGCAAGCGUCUCAAGAAAUACCUCCCAAAAAUAAUUUCGGAGACCCAAUUGGCUUUUGUAGCCAGGCGUCUGAUCACAGAUAAUAUUCUCGUCGCCCACGAAGUUUUCCAUGCUUUACGUAAGAACCUCGGCUGCCGCUCAAAGUUCGUAGCGAUCAAAACCGAUAUGAGCAAGGCUUUUGAUAGAAUCAAAUGGUCUUUCCUCAAAGCAAUCCUACUGCAACUAGGCUUUUUUACGCAGUGGGUGUCAUGGAUCAAACUCUGUAUCUCGUCAGUCUCUUACCAGGUCCUACUGAAUGACGAACCAAAAGGAAAUAUUACUCCCUCGCGAGGCAUUCGAUAAGGCGAUCCUCUAUCACCCUUUCUCCUUAUUCUCCUCACGGAAGCACUUAUAUCCCACAUUCAGGGAGCGGAAAGGGAGGAAAGAAUCAUCGGACUCAAGAUCGCCAGAAACAGUCCACCAGUCUUUCAUCUUCUCUUCGCAGACGAUAGCCUGUUCUUUUGUAAAGCUGACAUCCAGCAACGAUCUGAACUAGUGCGGAUCAUCAACACCUAUGGUUCAUCCUCUGGGCAACAACUGAACGUAAACAAAUCGUCCAUCCUCUUUGGAAGCAAAGUUCCUCCAGAUAUCAAGUCAGAACUCAAACGCUCUCUCGGGAUCUCGAAGGAAGGUGGAAUGGGAGUCUACCUCGGGCUACCAGAGAAAAUCUGUUGAAGCAAAAAACAAGGUUUCGCCUUUAGUAAGACCGACUCCAGAACCGUAUUAACUUAUGGUCCGAGAAACUCCUCUCCAAAGGAGGGAAAGAGGUACUUAUCAAGUUUGUGGCGCAAGCACUCCCAACCUAUGUCAUGUCUUCUGUUCCCACUAGAGAUCACUAGAAAGCUUACCAGUGCCAUCUCCCACUUCUGGUGGAGUACAAAACAAAAUAACAUAGGACUACACUGGAUCGCCUGGAAGAGUGUAUGCACUCCCCAAGAUAAGGGAGGACUUGGCUUUCGAGAUUUUAGAAACUUAAAUCUCGCACUAUUUGCGAAGCAGCUCUGGAGGUUGAUCCAACAUCCAACGUCACUCCUUGCUAGAGUUCUAAAAGGGAGAUACUUUCGCAUAUCGACUCUGGUGGACAUCACAAGGCCAAGCUCUCCCUCGUAUGUCUGACUGAUGGCCGCACAACUGCUCCUGAAAGCCGGCCUGAGAUGAUCAAUCAGAACGGGCAAUAACACCAUGGUCUGGUCCGAUCAUUGGAUACCAGACACGAAGCCACGGCCUGCUAUCCCAUGCGGUCCCUCCUUUAACCCCAACCUCCACGUCUAUGAUCUCAUCGACCUGUUGUCUCCCAACUGGAACCUCCCGCUGCUCCACCAACUACUAUCACCCCGCGACAUCUCCCUUAUCCAGAGCUUGAGACUUCCGCGCUCCCGCAGACCCGACAAUUACAAUUGGGCCUUCACAAAGUCUGGAGCUUACUCGGUUCAAUCCGGGUACAACCUAGCGAUGGAGAUGGAUACAAACCGCACGCCUCCUUUGGUAUCCAAGCCAAGUACUACGAGUUUAAAGGCCAAAGUAUGGUCCAUCAAGACCUCACGAAAGAUCAAACAUUUUAUAUGGAAUGCCCUAUCCGACUACGUCCCGGUUUGUGGUAGACUUUCAGAUCGUCAUUGUAGUUCAGAGAGGAACUGUCCGCGAUGAGGAGCUGACAACGAAUCAGUCAAUCAUCUACUUUUCGAGUGUCCUCCCUCUGUUCAGGUCUGGGCUCUAGCCCAUGUCCCUCACUCUCCGGGCUUGUUCCAGAGCAACUCAGCUCCCAGUAACCUUAAUCACAUCAUCUGGCGAGCGAAAGAAUUAGGCACCCCGUCCUCGAUUCUUGAUAAUGUGCCAUGGCUUUUGUGGUAUAUCUGGAAAGCUCGAAAUGAUAAACUCUUUAACGGGAAGGACACUUCCCCUCUAGAUACAGUCCAGACAGCUAUAUCAGAAGCAGCUAACUGGAGACUAGCACAAAUCCUACACACAUCCCAAGGCAAAGAGGAGAACCAGCCACCACCCGAUACGCAACCCCUCGGCCCCUGAUGCUCGAUUGACACAUCUUAGCAUCAAGAGAUGCUCUUAUUGGCGGAGGAAUGCUCCUUACGGAUGAGGAUGGGGUAACAACCUUCGAUUUAUUUACUAGUAACCGAAGCUUAACCCCCCUACAUCUCGAGCUUCAUACUCUGCUGUGGGCCAUGACAUCCUCACUCCAAUUGGAUCAACUAGAUAUGACUUUUGAGACGGACUUUCUACAACUGGUCAAGAUCAUUACAGAAGGCAAAGAAGACGACUGGCCAUCUUUAUUGGUCGAAUUUGAAGAGUUUCACCACCUUCAUUCUAUGUUUAAUUCUUGUCCAUACGUUUUAUUCUUCGUUCUUGUAACUGCUCGUCCUUGCAAAAGGUGCUCGUCCUUGCCAAAGGUGCUCGCGCUCGCGGCUUCAUCUUUUCCCAUGUAAAUACUAGAUCCCCUAGCUGGAUGGUUCACACCAACCAGAGGGAAACUUCUUAAUAAAUUAUAGAGCUUUUGAUGUCAAAAAAAAAUAUAAGACUAGAUAACUCCUAAUCCUAAUAGAAAUAACACUUUCAAUAUUUUCUAAUCUUUUUAGAUAAACAUAACAAGUUAGAAUUAGGAUAGCUUGUGUUUCAAGCUAACUCCAAACUUAAACCAAUGUAUAACAAUAUAUAGCUAGGGUUUCUCGUCUUCAUUUCAAGAGUAGUUUAUUAAUUAUUGUUCUUCUCAUAUCAAACCAGCAUCUGUUAUCAAACCAGCAUCUGUUGAGGAUAUUCUCCCCACAACAGACUCAAUUCAAACAAAAAGAAGUCUUAACAGGCUACAGCUAACUCUAGCAAAGGCACUAGACAAUGACAUGACAUUGCUUUGUUACUUUGCGUAAGUUAACCAGCCGGGCCUGGAGUCUGGCUUGACUUCGUCUUAGUCUGGCAACCGGCCUGAGCUUGUGUUCUUUAUCCAAAUGGUCAUCCUCAAGCCGAAGUGAUCAACGCUUGAACCUCGCUCAUAUGAAACAAAAAAUUAAAUGGCUCUUAAUUAAUUAGUCUUAUCACUCGCUUUUUAAGAAAGCUUCAGCUCUUAAAUUUUGCCAGACAGCCAAUGUGUUGAUAUCGGACGCUAAGGCACAGUCCUGGCGUGUUCGGAACUGGCUAUGAGUGACGUAUCCUCUUCAAAAGGGGCGUGGAUACGUCAUUAACUGAACUUUUGUUAACAAUUAAUUUCUCAGUUAAAAAUAACAGAUAAACUUAAAAAAGAAGCCUCAUGUUCUUUGUCUCUAUUUUAAGUCUCAUUUUCUUGUCAUUAUCAAAACGCAAGUAGCAUGAUCUUCUUUUUACUUAAUAACAUGUGGAUAAACAUAAAAUUUACUUAAUAUCAUGUUAAUAUAAGAUUUGAGAAAUUAGAGAAAGAAAAGAUAAUAUAAAUAAACUAUCUGCAUACAUAUAUAAAUAACUAACAAUUGUGUACAUAUAAAAAUGUUAGCUAAUAUCAUCAAGUUUACGAGUAAUCCAACAUGAGCCGUAAAGCUGAUAUAUAUGAAAGGUGGAAAAAAGUACGCUAUGUAGUAUGUCAUUCUGUAACAAAGUUUCUAAAUUGGGAAAGGUUUUUAUCGAAUUAAAAUACAUACAACUUCAUUACACGGUACUUAUCUAAUGUUAUAUAUAGCUCAAUCGGCCACAAAAUUUCGGUUCGAGUUUUCCACGCCCACCGUUAAAUACUUCAAUUCAAGAUAUAUAUAUAAUACUAUUAUAUACUGAAUUAUUUCUCAAGCAUCCCAAAAAAAAUGGCCAAGAAACCCCAUACGUGUGUAUAUAUAUAGUUAGUUAGUUGAGAUAAACUUGCUUAUACCACUUUUGUGUUUAUUUUUCUUCCUAUUUCCAUGUUCCAUUUUCCGACCCCAUGAUUCUAACCUAGUUUAUUUCAUGAUAUUGAAAUAUAAUAAAAUUUAAGUUCGGUAACAUUUUUUUUUGGCGUGUGAAGUCUGUUGACUUAUAGAGUAAUAAUGGGUGGUCGUAAACCAUGUUGUGAUGAGGUUGGACUCAGAAAGGGGCCAUGGACGGCGGACGAAGAUGGGAAACUAGUUGAUUUCUUAAGAACACGUGGAGCAAGCGGCGGAUGGUGCUGGAGAGAUGUGCCGAAGCUGGCGGGGCUAAAGAGGUGCGGCAAAAGUUGCCGUCUCCGGUGGACUAAUUAUCUGCGGCCAGAUCUCAAGAGAGGUCUUUUUAGUGAAGAGGAAAUUCAACUAGUCAUUGAUCUUCAUGCGCAACUUGGCAAUAGAUGGUCGAAGAUUGCAGCAGAACUACCGGGAAGAACAGACAACGAUAUAAAAAAUUAUUGGAACACUCAUAUAAAGAGGAAGCUCAUAAGAAUGGGUAUUGAUCCAAACACACAUAGUCCGUUUGACCAACAGAAAGUCAGCCACGAGAAGGAGGAGACGACAUUGGUCAACGGCCAAGGCCCUCUGCACCAGGCAGAGGCACCGGUGGGUUCGCAGAAUGAUACGUCAGCAGGAAAUCUAACCCACUUAGCUGACAUUGACGGUGACAAUAUUCAACCGUGGAGCUUUUUAAUGGAGAACAACGGAGGAGGAUGUUCUUCGGUGGGAGAGCUGACGAUGCUGUUGUCCGGAGACAUUACGUCAUCAUGUUCGUCUUCGUCAUCGUUGUGGUUGAAGUAUGGAGAGUUGGGAUACGAAGAUUUAGAACUUGGAUGUUUCGACGACUAGGGAGAGGGUUCUCUGGCCUCGAAUCCGUUUGAUGUUCUGAUCAUGAUGUUUGUCUGCAUGGAAACUUCAUCUUUCUGUGAAGAUAUUAAAGCACUGAACGAAUUAAGGCUUUGUACUUUAAGUAGAUAUUUUUUUAAGUAAACAAUCUUUACUACAGUUCAAAAAUUUA